AAUAGCUUGCUGAUUUUAACAAACAUAAACGAAAUUUAAGAACGGUGUAUACACUUUCUUUCUUUUAUAUUUCUUAAAAAUGACAAGCAACAAUCUUCCUCUUGAAAACAAAGUCGCCAUCGUUACAGGAGGCUCCAGAGGUAUCGGAGCAGGAAUCGCUGAAACAUUGGCAAGCCGUGGUGCCAAGGUUGCCAUUACUUAUACCUCUGAGAGUAGCAAAGAAUCAACCCAGAAAUUAGUGAAUAAGAUCAAAGGAUUUGGUACUUCAGCAGACGCCAUCAGUAUUCAAGCUGACUUGCGUGAUGUUACAAGUGCUGAACAUAUCGUUGAGACUACUGUCAAAGCUUUUGGUCCCACCAUCCAUAUUCUUGUUAAUAACGCGGGAUGCUCUAAAUUAGGAACGCUUGGAACGUUGAAAUUAGAAGAUUACAACUAUAUCUUUGAUGUGAACGUUAGGGCUGUCUUGUUCAUGUCAGAAACCGUGGUUGGUCAUCUUCCCAAGAAAGAAAAAGACGGCUGUGGAGGUAGAAUUAUCAAUUUCGGAAGCAUUGGUGGAAGAAUUGGUUUGUCGGGAAACUCCAUCUACGCUGCAAGUAAGGCGGCUCUUGAAGGCUUUACGAGAUGUUGGGCAUCAGAGUUAGGCCCUCAAGGACACACGGUGAAUCAAGUCAACCCAGGAGCAGUGGACACGGAUAUGCUCAAACAAUAUGGUGGAGGAGAGGCAUUCACCAAAAUGACACCCUUUGAAAAUCGCGUUGCUACGCCUUCUGAUAUCGCUGAAAUCGUUAGUUUUCUUGCCGAAGAUAGAAGCCGUUGGAUCACUGGACAAACGAUUUCGGCCUCUGGUGGAUUACAAAUGUAUUAGUUUCUGUGGAUCCAUUUUAAGAACAACGCGUAGUCAUUCCUUAUUGGUAAUUCAUCUAACUUAAUAAUGCUACAAUUAAUACUAUAUUAGAGCAAAACCUGCUUAGUAUUAAACUCUAUUACAUGUUUUGCAAACUCAAAUUAACUACUUCCCGUAUAAUAAGUAUUGUACUGAUCAGACACGGUGUAGCUUUUGCUAAGCUUCUUUUUAUCCUUCUCAGUGUAUCCAAAGUUUCUGAACUGAUUCAAAAGGGCUACACAUAUCUUGCUUAAUAUCACUAAAUAAUUCCAAGAAGCGAGAGCAAUAUUCAUUAUUAUUCAGUUUUUGGUUUGCAUUCUACAACACUUUACAUAAAGACUAAGUGAGAUAAAGAAUGAAUUGAUGUCAGGGCUUAUAAGUCAAAGUUUGAGUACAUUUAAAGUUAGUGAUCCUGAAAAUAAGAUAUAUAUGUUGAAAGCAACC